AUGGGGAAAAUAUACUUUGCAACAACUAAUCUGAAGAAACUGAAGGAAAUCAGGAAGCUCCUCAACGUGGAUGUAUCCCACAUGAAUGUUUCUAUGGUCGAAAUCCAGGCGUCCCAGGAGAAGAUAGUGCAUAACAAGCUUAACCAAGUAAUUCCGCUUAUAGGCGAAGAGGAUGCGGUGAUCGUUGACGAUACAGGUGUUUAUUUGAACGGAUUAUGCGGGUUCCCCGGUGUCUAUCUCAAAGACUUCCUCACGAUAGGCUCUCGGAAGAUACUAGAGAUUCUGAGGAAAGUAGAGGAUUAUAGUGCGACAGUAUUUUGUACUCUAGGGAUUGCCCACUACAGAGACGGGCAAAUUACCAGGAAGACAUUUUCAGGAGAGCUCAAAGGUACAAUGGUAGAGUCAAACGAGGAAAACUCCACGGAGCUCGAUAAUAACUUUGUCCCGGACGGGUUUGGAGUCUCCCUCAAAAGUAUGCCCAUUGACGAGAAGAAUCGUAUAAGCCAUCGGAGGAUUGCGAGUGAAAAAUUGAUUGAAUACAUGGCAUCUGUUGGUAUAAUUAAAACCUCUGCCUCUUAA